AUUUUGAUGCUGUCAAAAUAGAGUGAGGAUGGUGGAGAAGCUAGACAGUGUAUUGAUACAAUACAAAAUAUGGAAUUAUCAAUCGAAGGUGCAACAUUCGAAUCGGAAGCAUACAUCAAAAUAGAACAAACUUUCGCUGUAUAUUCGGAUGAAGAAUGUGAAAAUGAAUUUGCGGUUAAGAUCGAACGAUCGUCACCACUACCAUCAACAGACGAAACCGUGCAACUGGAACAAAAUGUAGUGUGGAUAAAAUCCGCAAUUCCAUCAAAUGAUUGUAUCAAGGCAGAACCGUUGGAUGACGUCACGCACACAAAAUCGGAAAUCGAGUCAAAUGUCGCAUCUGUCGAAGAAAAUCCAUUGGAUGCUGUCGAAUGUUUCGAGAAAAAUUGCUUGGACAAUGUGCAGUACAUGAGCACAGAAAUAUCGUACAGUAAUUUCGAUCGGUGUCAGCAGAAGGUACCACCGUCUAAAAAGGAAUUGUCCUGUGACUUGUGCGGAAAAGUUUGUUUUCGCAAAGACAACCUCGUAAGGCAUUUACAGACGCAUCGGCGCGACAAACAAUUCGGCUGCGAUGAAUGUGGACUCAAAUUCACACUCGUACAGUACCUACGGAGACAUCAACUUAACCACCGUGACGAAAAGCGAUUCUAUUGUGACGAUUGUGGACGGGGGUUCGUUAAACGAAACCAUUUGGAAACCCAUAAGCAAAGCCACAUUGGUCUUAAGCCAUUUGCCUGUGAUGAAUGCGGAUCAAAAUAUUCUCGGAAAGGUGCGCUCAAUGUGCACAAACUGUCGCACACAGACUUUGUUCGGGGAACGCCGUAUGUGUGUGACGUGUGUGAAAGGCGCUUUGCCCGGAAGCAAUAUCUGGAAAGACACAAACUUACCCACUCGGGAGAAAGACCGUUUUCGUGCGAAGAUUGUGGGAGACGAUUUUCACAGCCGGCACAUCUGAAAGAACAUCUGGUGUCGCACAUGUCAUCCGAAGAACGUGAAAAGAGAAUGUUGGCUUGUGACAAAUGUGACCGGAAGUUCUUACGCCCGUAUAAUUUGAAGAAACAUUCAAAGAUUUGCAAUAAAAGCAAAUAGAU